AUGGUCAAAAAGGACUACACUGAAUACCAGAGUGUCUGGAUUUUCAAGGGAGUGUAUAGUUGGCAGGUGGGCAGCUUCCUGGAAAGCAGGGGCCCUGUGUUCUGUGGCGUCCAGUUGGUGGAUGGUCGAAAAGUCCGAGUGAAGUGGACCUCCAUUCGCGAGAUUUUUGAAGGGCCUGCCGAAGAGGGCAAUUUUCGCUGGUUGGAACGACCAGGUGAGUGGUUGUCUGGUACCCACUACAUGGUGGUUGAUGGUGUGACUGUGAGCCACCACCAUCACCAUGAGGCAGUGGUCCAGAUGGAAGCUGAUGAGAUCAGGCGUCAUGGUGCCUGGCGCCCUCAAAACAACAACCUCUACGCCAUGACAGGAUACCGUGAGCGCCAGAUCCAGUUGGACAACACGGUGCUUCGGCUCGAGAACAACCGCCUCCGUGAGCGUCUUGACCAAUUGGAAGGCCGUAUCCAGCAGGUGGAAGACUUCCUCCAUGACAGCGACAUCCCCAGUGGGCUUUAG